CUGCAGAGAUGCCACCACAGGCUUAUGUCCUCUGCCUGCGGGUGUGAGACGGGAGAGAGGCUGCCCUGGGUCAGGCCUGGCCUCCCUCCCCCUCAGUGUGGCUUCUCAAGGUCUGCCACGAACUUGAUUCUGGACACACCGGUGGCCAAGGAGGUCUGAGACCUGGGCCUGGCUCUGCCCCAUCCCGGUGUCCAGACCGGGGACUCUUCAGAUCACCUACGGGUCCUGACUUUGCUCAUCUAUGACAUGGACGGUAACCCUGAGCCCUGCUGCCCCCCACAGGGAACGAGCUUGGGAACCACAGAGACCUGGACACACAGAGGACUGGUGACCUGGGCUGUCUUGUUGCACAGGGCAGAGGGAGGGGACAGAGAUCAGUGUCUGCAGGUAUAGAAAGUGCCAGGGCUGCCCCAGCAUGGAGUGUGUGCAGGCUGACCCUCCGGGGUCCCGGCCUGCAGCUGCUGGGGGCUCCCUCCUGGGCCCUGCGCCCCACCCGAAGGCCCAGGCGGGGUCAGCAGGGAGGCGGCCGGCCAUGGGCGCCUGCUCAGAAGACCCCCACUUGUGUGGGGCCUCCUGGCUCCUGCGAUUCACCGGCCUCCUCCUCAGUGUCUGCAGCACUGUGACCCAGAGUCCUGGAGCCCGUGGGUCUGCCGUGGAUGAUUCUGGAAUUCCUGUUCCUCUGAAUGGGAUUCAGGGAGCUCCUGUGCUGUUUCAAGUGAUCAGAAAUCCAGAAUUACCUCCAGAAUUUGAGCUGGAGAAGAUGUCUUGGGGCGUCGUAUCCAGAUCAAAUUACAUAGUCAUGCUGCACGUGUUUCCUGGGAGAGAUGUUCCAGGACAACUGUCCUGGGUCAACUUCCAGGACAAGUUCGAGAAGAGGGUCCAUGUGCUCAACACAACGACCCUGAGGAUUGACAACCUGACCCUUGAGGACAGUGGGCUGUACCGGGCUCGACAGUCCUAUACGAGAGGAAGACAAUAUGACCAGGAUUUCCACCUGAUGGUCUAUGAGCCUGUGCCCCUUCCCCAGAUCCAGGCCACGGUUCUGUCCCUCACACCAGGCUGGUGCAACCUCACCUUGGAGUGUAACACCACGGAAACCAGGGAGGACCUGAAGGUGUCCUGGGAAAGUGAGGGUCUCCCUAGGGAGCUGGAGCAGAGACCGGCCCCAGGACCAGCCCCCAACCCCUGGACACUGGCUGCGACCCUGCCCCUGAGCCGGCCGAGCCCCAGCUUCACCUGUGUGGUCAGCAACCAGGCGGACAAGAAAACUGCCUCCCAGGACCUUGGGGAUGUCUGUGGCCACGGUGAGCCUCUGGCGGGAACAUCCAACCUGCUUCUGUCCUUUGGUGUCACUCCCGUGCUGCUCUCCAGCCCUCAGCCCUGCUGGUCCAGGCAGCACCCAGCAGAUCCAACUGGAGAAGCCUCUGCUGUCCACGAGGGAAUCAUCCCAUGGAUUGUUGUUCCUGUGCUGGGGGUCCUCGGAGCUCUACUGUGACUUUAUGUGACAAGUAGGAAGAAGAUGAUGGAGCCUGGGAGAGGCAGGCUGCAUUUCUCCAUCCCUCCCGCACUGGACCCUGGGCUCCUGUCCUGUAUUUCUCUGCUCAGGGGAUGUCCCUGCAGGAGGCUGGCUGCUGUGGCCGUGGCUGUGGGGGCCAUGGAGGGGGAGGGAGGGUACAGGCUUCCAGGGUCAGAGUCAACCUCCAUAUGUGUAUGACUCAGGGCCAGGAUCACAGGAGGAGCCCAGGGACCCUGAUUUUGGCAUCUAUAAUAGAAAGCAGGUGUCUGGAGACACCGGGGAUGGGGAUGGGGCAGCCUGGGUUCUCCCAAGUCCCUCUGUGCCUGGGUGCCAAUCCCAGUUACCUGCAGCUUCUGGCCUCCAUGCCUCUGUACCCUUUCUGGACAACGCAGUAUUAACUUAAAAAUUCUCCAGGGGUCCAUGCAGUGGUGGGCACUAGGGGAGGUCAUGUGCAGCCCUGGGACUCUGUGGGUCUCUGUGGUUCCCUCUGUGUCCUUUGCGUCCCUCAGCUGUUCCUGGAACCCUCUGCCUGCAUUCCAGGGUAGGGGAGAACCACAUCUAGAAGAGGAGAACUCUCUCACUACUGUCUACGGUGAGGUCCACAGGCCAGGCCAGGACAUGACCAUGAUUUAAUGAGAAGAAGCAGGAGACUCCCGCCCCAGUGACUCCUGUCUCUUGAGCAUGAUGCCCGCAGCUUUUGUCCUGUCUCUUCCACCUCGGACGGCUCUGAGCAGGGAGUGGAUGGGUCCAGCACUUAUUUCUGUGCUAAAUCCUUGUGCACAAGCUCCCCGUGAGACACACACAGUGGUAGAUCAGGGAAACUGAGUAAAUAAACUGGUCCAAACCUGUUACAGGAA